AUGCUGCGCAAUGCACCCGCCGCUGCCUCCGCCUUUCCUGCCAACUGGCACCUGAGCCUCUGCAUGAGGCAGCAGGGCUACGCUGUGAUUGACUCGGAUGCGGCAGCGGUGGCGUUGAUGGCGCACUUUGCAGCUUGUGCCAGCAGCUGGCUGCUAACUCUGAAGCCGGGCAGGCAGCACGAGAUCAACGCAGAAGCGGCGGCCCGCGCCGCGCGAGGCGAGUCGCAGCUGGGUGCCGUGUACGAGGUGCAGGGCGGCGGCCUGGGGGUGGACCUGCGCGCGGCAGACAGGCGGCUGUGGGGAUUGCCGGUGGGCGUGGAUGCUGUCGCAAAAGCGGCAAUCAAGGCGGCUGACACGCUAUGCCGUGGCAUGCUCGCCACGCUGGUGCGUGCACGACCGCUGUCGGCUCCCAGCGCGGCCGCGUUUGCCGCGCUGCUGGACGACGCGCCGCUGGCUGAGGGCGCAGUGGGCGUCAGCAUCCUCAGCGCGCGCUGCGCCAAGGCGUUUGUGGCCGGCCGGACGCCGCGCUUGGAGCCGAGCGCGGGCGAUGGCGUGUUGCUGGUUCUGCUGCGACCGCACACGCCAUCGGAGGGCGGCGUCAAAGUGCGGGUGUACAGUCGUUCGUCCGCAGCGCGGGACGUUGAGCUGCAGCCGCACCAGCUGCUGCUGAUGGCCGGCCCUGCCCUUGCCAGGGCGACCGGGGGUGCUGUGAUGGAGGCGCACCAAAUGGAGCAGGCACAUGCAGUGUACACUGCUGGUGGCGGUGAUGCAGUGACAGCGCUGGCCUGCUACCAGCUGUGCGUGCGCCAGGGAGCCGUCAUCGACCCCGGCUUGCUGCUGCCAAAUCGGCAAGGCGGGAGCAUGGGCGGUGCCUCCGAAGACGCGUCAGCCCCCACGCCUGCCAUCCUCGCGCCGGCCAUGGAUGUGUGGUCUGAUUGGCCGCUGAGCCGGCUGCUUGACCCGUACUAUGAGAGAGCCGGCCUGAGCCGGCAAACGAUCACCACACGCACUUGCUGGGGUGAGGAGGUCGACGAGACCGAGCUGGCGGGGGUGUUUGUGGCCCGCAACAGCGCUGACACAAACAUCUACGUCCACCCAGUGGAGGAGCCGGGGCCAGCACUGGCGCAGCCGCAGCAGUCGCAAUUGACAGCACGCACAAACGGCCAUGGCGCUGCGGCUCUUGGGGGCAUUGAUGGCGGCAGUUUGGCGCAGCGGCCACAGAAGCCUGCAGGCGUUGAGGAGAAGGGGACAGCAGCGAGAGAUAAAAGGAGGGAGGACGAGAAUGAGGGCGAGGGCAAUGGCGGCGGCCGCUCCUCCAAGCGCCAGUGCACGAGCAGCGGGACGUCCAAGCGCAGCUCUUUGCCACCGCCGGGGGCCGAGGCGCAGCCGCAGCCGCAGCAGCCGCAGCAGCCGCAGCAGCAGCAGCAGCAGCAGCAGCAGCAGCAGCAGCAGCAGCAGCAGCAGCAGCAGCAGCAGGGCCUGCCCGCGGUGCCUGAGCGGCUGACGUUCACGGUGCGGCUGGCCAGUGGGCAGUCGCUGAGCGUAGCAAUGAAGCCCCAGCAGCAGCUCAGCCGCAUGCGGCCGGUCGUCGCGCUGAAGAGCGGCCUGGACCCGGGGAGUGCGGGGCGCGUGGUGCUGCUGCACGCGCGCGAGAGCGGCUGUGUCCUCUCACCCGACGCAACACCGGCCAGCGUCGGCCUCGUGGACGGUGACGUCAUCGAUGCCAUCAUCACAUAA